AUGCUUCAUGAUUGUGGGAUGCUAGAGUUUCCUUUCACGGGGGACAUGCUCUCUUGGGUAGGGAAGAGAGCAGGAGGAACAACCGUUCGAUGUCGUUUAGACAGAGCGGUUGGAAAUGCAGAUUGGCACGAGAACUUUCCUCACUCAACUGUGAAGUAUUUGAGGCUAUGGGGAUCAGACCAUCAUAAUGAGGAGCUAAGGCAAGUCAUUCUGGAGGGAUGGAAAUCUCCUGAUCUUCCCCCCAACGCGAACAUAAUGGAACAUAUUUCCAGCUGCCGAAAAGCCUUGAGUGAAUGGAGGAGACAACAUAAUAUUAAUUCAGCAAAGCUAGUAGAGGAGCUCAAGGAGAAAGUUGAGGGCCUAUACGCAGACGAUAAUGCGACGACUGAGGAAAUUGCAGCAGCGUUGAAUGAACUCUCUGAUGCUCUUAAAGCAGAGGAAAUGUUCUGGAAACAGAAGAGUAGAGUGUUUUGGCUGAGAGAGGGAGAUAAAAAUACUAAAUUCUUCCAUGCCCUAACGAAGCAAAGGAGAGCAAGGAACAAAAUCACGCAGUUACUGGAUGCAAAUGGUAACAUAGUUGAGGACGAGGAAGGCCUGGUAGCCAUUGCUACUAGCUAUUUUCGGCAAAUCUUUGAGUCUUCUAUUCCAGAAGAUAUUGAAGAGGCGCUGUCUGAAGUUCCGACGACGGUUACGGGAUCAAUGAAUGACAACCUCACAGCUCCUGUUUCUGAUUGGGAAGUCAAACUAGCUCUUUUUGCCAUGCAUCCAGACAAGGCACCGGGACCAGAUGGGAUGACUGCACUUUUUUAUCAAAAGUUUUGGGAUAUAGUCAAGGAGGAUUUAACUCUUAUGGUUAAUAAAUUCCUUUUUGAUGGGACUGUGACUAAUGGAUUGAAUGAUACAAAUAUAUGUCUUAUCCCAAAGACAACUAAGCCAAAUGAUAUGGCUCAAUUCAGACCCAUAAGCCUAUGUAAUGUCAGCUACAAGAUCAUAUCUAAAGUCUUAUGCCAGAGACUAAAGAAAGUCUUGCCAGGAUUGAUAUCAGAAACCCAGUCAGCCUUUGUUGCGGGAAGACAGAUCUCAGAUAAUAUCAUGAUUGCUCAAGAGAUGUUUCAUGCCCUGCGAACUAAACCGAGUGGACGUAAUAAGAGGAUGGCCAUCAAGACAGACAUGAGUAAAGCAUAUGAUAGGAUGGAAUGGUCGUUUAUUGAAACUGUGAUGCGAAAGAUGGGAUUCUCGGAAACAUGGAUUACAUGGAUCAUGAGGUGCAUUACGUCGGUGAAAUAUAAAGUUCUUAUGAAUGGGCAGCCAAGAGGACAUAUUGUUCCAGCUACUAGGCAAGAGAUCAAAGAUGUACUUGGAAUACAUAAUGAUGGUGGGAUGGGAAAGUACUUGGGAAUCCCAGAGGAUAUUAGUGGCUCCAAAUGUAAACUCUUUGCAUUUUUAAAGGACAAUCUGAUGCACAGAGUUAAUGGAUGGACAUGUAGAUGCCUCUCAAAAGGGGGGAAGGAGGUAAUGAUCAAAUCCAUCUUACUCGCUCUUCCGACAUACGUUAUGUCAACAUUUCUGCUCCCAUUGGAGAUUUGUGAGAACCUCGCUAGUGCCAUUGCACAAUUUUGGUGGAGCUCAAAUCCACCAAAAAGAGGAAUACAUUGGGCGAAAUGGGAAAAGGUUUGUCUACCAAAAGAAGAGGGCGGGAUUGGUUUCCGUUUAAUCCAUGAAUUUAAUCUAGCACUAUUGGCAAAGCAAUUAUGGAGAUUGACUCAGUACCCUGAUUCACUGGUUGCCCGAGUUUUGAGAGGCAGGUACUAUAGGAUGACCUCGCCAUUACGAGCAGUCUCUGCAAGUAACCCAUCAUAUGUGUGGACAAGCAUUUACGCUGCAAGAAAGCUUUUGCUUCUCGGGAUCAGACAGAAGAUUCAUUCUGGUUAUGAGAUCAAGGUGUGGGAGGACCAAUGGAUCCCAACGAUACCUGCUAGACCAGCUACACCUGUAGCACCUGUAAUGCAUCCGAAUAUGAGAGUUAGUGACCUCAUUAACCAAGAAUUGAAGGAAUGGGAUGUAGGGCUACUAGAGAAUUAUGUCCACCCCGAUGACAUACCACUCAUUCGUAGUAUGGCUAUAAGUUCUACCCAUCGCCGUGAUACCUUCUGCUGGAACUACACGAAGAAUGGCCAAUACACUGUUAAAUCUGGAUACUGGGUUGCUCGAAAUCUGAUGAAGCCAGAAGAGGAAAAGGAAAUACUGGAACCAAGUGGCAGUAACGAGGAAUCUCGCAAGGCGGAAUAUGAGAUGGAUCUUGGACAGCUUCAGAUCGCUUUAGUGGAUGUGGAUGGGUCUGGAUGGAUAGCGGGGAGAACACACAACUUAUGGGAACACGGAAUUUCAUUCGAUGUGAAUCAGCUUUGCAUUCGGAGGUAG